CACGAUGUUUGCGUUGGACUGGAUCUGGGGAGGUGCCAACAUGCUCAACAACAUCCGCAACCGCGGCGUCAAAGAGACCGAGAACGAAAAGAAGCUCCGCCAGCUGCAGGCCAAGGAGGGUUCCGGCUCCUGCGCCGACGGCAUGGCCCGCCGCUCCACGGCCAUGGCCGAGGGCAUGAUCACCUACGCGCCGCUCGGACAGUAAGCACCCGAGGGAGGGAGAAGGCAGGCCUGUGGGAUGAUGGGCACACCGCUCGCACUCGUGUCUCACCCUCACCUCUGCCGUUUCGUCCGUGCUGUGGGUGUCAGCAUCGAGAACUCCUACUUCUACAAGUUCAUGGGACGCAACUCCACCAUGCGCGCCGAGGGGUACGCAAGACCACACACACGCACUCACAGGAUCACGUAUGUCUCACCUGCCUGUGGGAUGAUGACGCUCUCUCCGCUCUCUCUCUCUCUCUGUGUGUGUGUGUGUGUGUGUCUGUGUGUGUGUGUCUGUAGCAACGCGGUGGUUGAGACGUACGAGAAGGCCAAGGAUUACAUCGACCACCACAAGGGCGACUACAAGCCUGGCCGGGAGGGCAGCAUGCUCAACCACUUCCCCAAGCGCAAGGGCAGCCAGGAGGACGUCUCCCGCAAGGGCAGCCAGGAGGAGGUCUCCAACAUGCCCGCUGCCUAAGGUCCGCACCCAACGAGAGGGCCACAACCACGCACCUAUGGUGUGGUGUUUGUCGUGUGGCCUCUUCCAGGCCGUGAAACGAAGCAGCUCACUCAUCGACGAGAGAGAUGACCGAUGCAAUGCAUGAUGAGAGAUUGAGAGAGGUCCUCGUGUCUUCUUCAUGUCAUGGUGCUUUGUGCCCAUUCUCACACACGCGCAUGGAGAAAUGAACUGAUUCGAUGUUUUUCGCCCCGCACCGCACGGACCGGAGAGCGCCGGAUACGAAGCUUGUUGCUGCCUGUAGAGUGUCGCUGCGUGUGUGCAAGUGCUGUGUAUUGCCGCUCCUUGCGUGUUGUGUGUUGUGUUGAGAUUCCAUGCGAUCUACACUGGCGCGGCGGCGAGCCAUGCCAUGCUGGCCUGAUGCAUGUGAGUGAGUGAGUGAGGACGGCGACUUCCUCAGUCGCUCUCCUGCGCCUCCUGUGUCUGCUGUGUUGUACCUGACCUGACGUGACGCUGCCGAAUCAUGCACGAGUGUGAUCCUCACGGCAUCCACGAUGGUGUGUCUUGCAACUGGCUGACUGAGAUGUAUGUUUUUUUCUCGGCCCGUCCACGUGCUGCAUCUGACUGACAUGCCUUCCUCUAUAUUCUAUCCACUGUGAUACACAAUACACAAUUGGAGCUCUCCAUGUACGUCCAUUGAGAGAGAUGCCUUGCCUUGCCUUACCUGUAGAGAGAGAUACAUGUUGGUUGAUGCAAUGCAAUCUGCAUGUGGGUGUGGGGGCGGAGGGGAGGUGCGUGGCAUGUUGGCUGCAUUGCGUGUUUGGAUCGGGUCGAGGUAUGGCUGUUUUGGCCCGCCCUUCUUGCGUUGCGUUGCUUGCGUGUUUGCUGUGCGUAUCGCUACGAGGAAGGAAGCUGACCGUGACUAGUUGCGUGAGUGUUGAGCUGUGAUUUUUCCCACCACACCAUACUGGCAAUGAGGGCGGACGAUGACGGCCUACGUAGAGCCUGUCAGUCUUGCCGAUCUGGGUUGGGGAGCAGUGGGCAAAUGAGCAGGCUGGUUUGUCUCUUCCUUUGGUCCGUUCCUGCAUUCAGCUGCCAUUUUUCCGACUCUCUUCCGAACACACAACACAGGGCAUCACGCAAUCACACAGAGACGUGGAUGGAAUGUGGCUGCGUGAGACAGAAAACUACCCAGCUGGCUGUUGAGGCAUGGGGGUGGAUGUGGCAUGCACACUGUGACG